AUGACUACUCAAGAAGAAAAUACCGAAGUUUUAAACAUAAAAAUUUAAGAAAUAUCUCGAAAAAUAUAAGAAUCUUAAAUCUUAUAAAAUUCAGAAGUAGAAUAAAAAGAAGAAAAUGAAUUAUAAAACAAAUUAGAAUCAUCCAAACAAGUAAAUAUGAAAUUAAGUCCUGAAAAAAAAGCUAAUAGCUCAUAAUCAACUUUAAAUGAAAACCAAUCUUAAUCAGAAUAAAAAGAAUAGCCUUAAGAAAAUGAAUUAAUCAAAAAAAGUGAAGAAUCUGUUACAUAACAAACUCAAAAUAAUACUAAUACUGAGAAAGAAAAUAGUGAACUUGUCCAUGACACAUAACCUUAUUCGAUUUCAGAUAAUUAGAAAGAUGAAGAAGAAUAAAUUUAAAAUGACACAAUUACUAACUAAGAAGAUCAAAAUUAAAAAAUAACUAAAGAAGAAAAUAUUUAAGAAGAAAUUCAGAAAUAAGAAGAUAAUCUUUAACAAGCAAAAGAUGACGAUGAUUUAAAAGAAAAUCCUUAGAAAAAACUUAAAGUUUGA